AUGGCGACGGAUUUAGGACCACGCGGUCCGAGCGACCUGUUCCUGGAAGGCCCCUCAGAUCCCGACGCGCAAGCUACCAUUACCGAUUUUAUCGACUACACUGAAUACCUCCCCUCCGACCUAGUCCGUUCCUUGACCCUCAUUCGCGACUUGGAUAAAAAGUACCUGAACGCCGCCAAUGCUGUUCAUGAGCUUACAAGAGUGUACGGACAGCUGCCCGACCUAGCUCCGGAAUCGCGCCCAGACCCGCAAGCCCUACGCACCCAAAUCUCCGAACAGUUGAGGAGAGCGAUCAACGCGCGCGAAGCCUCGUUUGCGGAAGCGUCCCGCCUCUACGAUGUUGUGGACCGCCAUUUCGACCGUUUAGCGAGUAUAAAGUCAAAACUUGUGGCGCUGGCGGUCAGCACUGCGCGUGAGCUUGCCAUAGAUCUUCCGGAAACCAAGGAGUUGGCAGCGGGGUGUAAAACUGAAAAGGCGGAGCUGCCUACGCGCAUUACGCUUCGUCUUGACGGUUCACGGCAAAAAUCACGUACCCAGAGAGGAGCCAGGAACGGGCGUACCGCAACGUUUGAUUCUACUCAAGUGGAAGCUAGCGUGGAAGGAUCUGAUGGCGAAACUCCGACAAGGCUGGGCACAGAGGACGGGUUAAAAGCGGCUGCUAGGCCGAAAAAGAGCAGAAAAAUAGCCGGAGCACCCCAAGCAGCAGAUCGAAAACAAGUUCAAGAUAUUUCCGGGGAGCGUUCUACAAGUAGAGCUCUAGCAGCUCUAACGGCGCCUCCUCCCGAUGCAAAACUUGGCGGCGAAUUCCGUCCCUGGUUACGCUUGACAGAUUGGGAAAUGGCCACUCUUCGAAAAAAGAUGAAGAAGAACAAUUUUUGGCAACCAAGCGAAGUGAUGAUUUAUCGCGAACUAUCGGAACUUGGGUCGAGGGUGAGGUGCAGGGCAAUGCGGGAUUGCCUUGGGGUGGAAGAGACUAAACUGAGUAAUCGAGGUAUGAAAAUGAACGAGGCCGAAGAAGCUGAAACGCGACACCCAAGCCACGAGAACCAAGCAGCACAAGCAGAGCGGAAGCGGGAAUUGGGCAGCGAAGCGGACUCGGUGAUAUCGGGUCGACUUUUAAAUCCUUGUUCUCUGGCUCCGGUGAUCAGAGCCUUGUUGAUAAUGUUCACACUGGACCUUUGGAUGAUCCGUCCAUUACUAACGGGAUCGCAGCUAAACCCUAGGGCAAAACCAAAAGCCACCUCUAAAAAGAGGAAAUUCGAGGACACCACAACACAAGAUGCGGGGGAGGAUGCGGAGCCCUCGCCAUCUGAAGUUCCGUCCGAAAAAACCAAUAUCAAAAAACUUAGGCUCACAAAACCUGCACCAGAUUCGAACGAAUCCUCCGUACCUGAAAUUACACCUACGAAAAUCGCACUUUCUCUGGGAGCACUGGGUUCAGUCAAAGGAAUUUCGGCUACUUCCUCUGUUGAGCCUGACCGUCCAGUCACUCGAAGCGGGCGUCGAGCUUCAGGCUCUUCCAAGGCCCAGCCAACGUUUACGCCACCGGCGGGGUUAAAAGCGAAUCGACAGCGAUCUGCAACAGCGGGAUCUACCGAAGCCGGAAACCGUGAAACCCGUCAGCGCAAAAGCAUGACCCCAGGCAAAGCGAUGGCGACCGAAGCGGCAGCGAUGGCACUAACCGCCGCACCAACAGCAGCAAGCCGACGAAGCAAGCGUCCCGCGCCGGGACCCGUGACGGCCGGCCAAGACGGGGGAUCGGCUGUUAGCGUAGGCCGACGCAAGGCAAAACCGGCCAAGAGAAAGAAGGACCUUAAUCUUAAAGACUCUCAACCGCGAGACGAUUAUCGUAUCGAUGAGGAUGGAGUGGUUGAGGAAAUUGAUCCGAAUGAGCCGAGAUAUUGUCUCUGCGGGGACUGUGACAAGGAAUGGUUCCACCUAGAAUGCGUUGGGCUAACAGAGGUCCCAAGUCGUACUGCCAAAUGGUACUGCCCUGAUUGCAGGAAGAAACUCGGCAAGCCAGUUGUAGAUGGAAUUGUCCGGUCAGGUGGUAGGCGCUGA